UUGGUCGGGAAGCAAAGCAAGUGUGAACUAGUAGUUAUGAUAAGAUGAAGAAGCAUGGAUGUAUAGGAAGAGCAAUCUAGAAAUGAAUGGAUUGAAAGCAUUGUUUGCAUCAUGCAAAAGCAUUCAACAAGCCCUCCAAAUCCACGCUCACAUGGUGGUCACCGGGCAACACCACGAUCUCUUCCUCUUCACCAGACUCAUCUCCUUCUUCGUCACCACUUCCUUGCACCACUCUCACCUUCUCUUCUCCCAAAUCACCAACCCCGAUUUGUUCCUCUUCAACGCCAUGAUCAGAGCCUUCUCUCUCUCCCACACACCCCAAUACGCUUUCUUUCUCUACAAGUCAAUGCUCUCUAAAUCCCCACCCAUUUUCCCCGAUGCCUUCACCUUCCCAUAUCUUCUCAAGUCCUGUGCCAAGUUAUCGCGUCCCAAACACGGGCUUCAGGUUCAUUGCCACGUCAUCAAAAGUGGGUUUGAAUUGGAUAUCUUCGUUGUCAACGCUCUCUUGCAUUAUUAUUUCGUUUUCGGUGAUACCAAUAAUGCGUGCAAAGUGUUUGAACAAAGUCCUGUUAGAGAUUGUGUUUCUUAUAACACGAUGAUUAAUGGGUUGGUGCAUGUGGGUCGUCCUCGUUGUUCUCUGAGGGCUUUUGGGGAGAUGAGAGGGUUUUGUGUUGAGCCUGAUGAGUAUACCCUUGUUUCUCUGUUGUCUGCUUGUUCCCUGUUGGAGGAUCAUAGGAGUGGGAAGCAGGUGCAUGGCUUGGUGUAUAGGAAAUUGGGUUGCUUAGGUGACAAUGAUUUGUUGAUGAAUGCGGUUGUUGAUAUGUAUGCAAAAUGUGGGCGCUUGCAGGUGGCUGAAAGAGUUUUGAGUAGGGUGGGAUUGGGAAGUGGCAAGGAUGGUGUUGAGGCUUGGACUUCUUUGGUGAGUGCAUAUGCUUUGCGCGGGGAAGUUGAGGUUGCUAGAAGAUUGUUUGAUCAAAUGGGUGAGAGAGACGUGAUUUCUUGGACAGCCAUGAUUAAUGGUUACUCUCAUGCCGGGUGUUUUCAGGAAGCAUUGGAAUUGUUUGUGCAGUUUGAGGGUUUGGGGAUGAAACCGGAUAAGUUUGCGGUGGUUGCUGCUCUUUCUGCGUGUGCUCAACUUGGUGCCCUUGAGAUGGGAAGAAGGAUUCAUCACAAGUAUGGUGGGGAGAAUUUACAACGUGGUCAACACGAGGGAUUCAUUUGUGCUGUUGUUGAUAUGUAUGCUAAGUGUGGAAGCAUAGACACUGCUUUGGAUAUAUUCUGUAAAACAAGUGAUGAUCUAAAAACUACUUUCCUCUAUAAUUGCAUUAUCUCUGGUCUUGCUCACCAUGGCUUUGCCGGAAAUGCUAUGGCAUUAUUUGAAGAAAUGGGUUUAUUAGGAUUGAGACCGAAUGAGAUCACUUUUGUAAAACUUUUAAGUGCUUGUGGUCAUAGUGGUUUAGUUGAUGAUGGAAAGAGGCUGUUUGAGUCCAUGUUGACUGGGCAUGGUAUUACCCCUCAAAUGGAGCAUUAUGGCUGUAUGGUUGACCUUCUUGGAAGGGCUGGUCGUCUGAAUGAAGCAUAUAAUUUCAUUCUGAACAUGCCAUUUAAGGCCAAUGCUGUGAUAUGGAGAGCACUGUUAAGUGCUUGCAAGGUACAUGGAGAUGUGGAAUUGGCUAAACUUGCAAACCAAGAACUUCUUGUUAUGGAGCAUGACCAUGGAGCCCGUUAUGUGAUGCUAUCUAAUAUGCUAACUGACAUGGAUCAGCAUGAAGAAGCUGCUAGUGUGAGAAAAGCAAUAGAUGAUGGUGGCAUCCAGAAGCCACCUGGUUGGAGCUAUGUGGAAAUGAAUGGAGCUCUUCACAAGUUUCUGGCAGGCGACAAGUCUCACCCUGAAGCCAAAGCCACUGAGUUGAUGCUUAGGGACGUUAAUGUGGGAGUGAAUUCUAUUGGGCAUGUUAUCAGUGCAUCAAAAACGGCGUUUGACAUAGAUUAAGGAUGUGCU